AUUAUUCCUGGAAAAUGAUUACUAAAGACUGCAGCUAAAAUCAAUAACUGACUCAUCAACAAAUAUGGAUGACAGACAGCCCCCGCUGAAUCAAAGGUUAGUGUACCAACACAAAUGGUUAGAACAGUGUGAGUGUUCUGCCAGAGAGCACUCUCCUUUGACUCUUCUGGAUGUCAUCGGAUCGUCUGCCAUCAUGCAUUUAAAGCUCCUCUUCUUUUGCCUGCUCUUGGCAGCGCUGCUCAUACCUGCCGAUCUGAAACCUAAAAAGGACAAAAAGCAUCGACACCGACAUCGACAUGGCCAUGGUCAUGCCCAUGGCCAUGAUCAUGAUGGACAUCAUAGACAUGAGAAAAAGAAAAUAAAAUUUGACGAGAUUAUUGCGGAUUAUUUCUUUCAGAUCAUUGAGCGAGCUAAUGGUGAUGACGAUGAUGAGGACGAUGAUGAUGACCGCAGCUUUUUAGACUGGAUUUUUGACCUUCAGGAGCCACAAGGUGACUGUGACCCAAAUCCUUGCUUACACAAUGGAGUGUGUGAGCAGAAAGGCAAGAAAAAAAUCAAAUGUGACUGUCCCAAACCUUUCAAAGGAAGACGAUGCGAGAAAGGUCCAAAAGCUUGUAAGAGAGGUAGAUGUGGACGUGGUGAAUGUGUGCUGACUUCAACUGACCCCUUUUAUGAAUGCAAGUGCAAGGAGCCAUUCCAGCCACCAAGGUGCUUAAGAGUGGCACCGUGUGAGAAUUCACCAUGUAAAAAUGGUGGAACGUGUAUCAGGGAUGGUAACGACUUUGACUGCCAGUGCGCUCCAGGGUACAGAGGACGCUUUUGCCAUGUUGGCCCUGAUGACUGCUAUGUGGACGAUGGAGAGUCAUAUCGUGGCAAUGUGAGUGAGACAGAUGAUGGUGAUGAAUGCCUAUACUGGAACUCACACUUUAUCCUGGAUAAAGGAACAAAUCCUUUCAGCUCCUUCGAGGACCCAGAGGGACUUGGCCCUCACAACUUCUGCAGGAACCCAGAUGGGGAUAGAAUGCCCUGGUGUUUCUACAGAAGGGGCCGCAAGUUGCGGUGGGACUACUGUGAUGUGACCGAGUGUCCUGAGCCAACAGAUGUGACACCAACUGAUAUAAUUCCCACCGUCCCUGAUCCGAGUGCCUAUCCAGAACCUACAAAACCUGAACCUACAGCAGAAAUCAAGCCAACAACCCCCAAACCCUCAAUGACUACCAAUCCCACUGUAACUUCUAAACCCCCAGUGACUUCUAAACCCCCAGUGACUACUAACCCCCCCAUGACUACUAAACCCCCCGUAACUACUGAAGGCCAGGCUCCACAGCCUACUCCUGUAGCCACUGAAGGUCCUACCAUCCCCAGUACCACUGCGCUGCCUAAACAGUUCUCCACCUGUGGAAUGCCUCAGGCAAAACAAGCUAUUACCCGAAUCUUUGGAGGUCUAAAGGUUGCUCCUGGGGCUUUACCCUGGCAAGUGUCUUUGCAAGUGAGACCAAUGAACACCAACCUGCCACACAGACACAUCUGUGGAGGAGUUCUCAUUGCCAGCUGCUGGGUACUGACAGCAGGACACUGCAUUGAUCAAAGAAAGGACAUGCAGGUGGUGUUGGGAAGUCUGUCACUGAAUGUGGAGGAACCCUCAGAGCAAGUCCUACGCGUUGAAGAGGCUAUUGUACAUGAGAACUUUAGGGAGACUCCGAAAGCUGUGUACAAUGACAUAGCUGUGCUGAGGCUGAAUGGUACUGACGGUGUUUGUGCCACUGAGACCCAGUUUGUAAAGACAGCCUGUCUGCCUGAUGCCAAACUGCCUGAUGGGAAGGAGUGUACCAUUUCUGGAUGGGGUGCCACGGAGGACUCCGAGUCUGGUUCCAACCACCUGCUGAAGGCCAAUGUUUUGCUGAUCAACCAGGAGAAAUGCGCUGAAGAAGCUGUUUAUGGUAAAACGUUGGAUAAUACCAUGUUCUGUGCUGGUUACCUGCAUGGAGGUGUGGAUUCCUGCCAGGGUGACUCUGGGGGACCACUGACUUGUAAGGAGAACAAUACCAGUGUUGUUUAUGGUGUGGUGAGUUGGGGAGACCAAUGUGGGAAGAAGAACAAGCCUGGGGUCUACACACAGGUCACUCACUUCUUGGACUGGAUCAAAUUGAAGACUCAAGCAACAUUUCCGUAAGAAUAUUCCAGUCAGUGUACCCACAGGCCUGCCUGGGAAUGGAACAAAUCCCAUUCAUAAUGUUAAGCUUUUGAAUUAUGAAUUUUGUUUUUUUGCGCAAUAUUUUCUUAGUCCAUCAUCUUUACAUCAGUCAAUGGUCUCUCGGUUCUCCAGUCCUUGAAGAAAUGGAGUCAAAGUUUUAAAGUGUCCAGACAUUUACAGCCCACAAAUGCUUUUUGUCUUCAGUGUUUCUUUAUGCUGUUUAUAUUUGUCUUUACAUCCUCAUCAGGCCCAAGGUUGGCUCGUCUGAACUCAGAUAAGAGUUGUACCGAAACCCACAAAUGACAUCAAUUGUCAUAGGUAUCUGCUGCUGUGCCACUUUUUUUUUUUAAGAAAAAAAGCUUUUUGUUUUUGAAGAAGCCAGUGCUCAAAAAAAUUCUGCUCAAAAUCAAAUAAAGUUUAAUUUUCUCCUUUUCUAAACACUAUUUAAAAACUCUUUGUGUCAUACAAGGUUCUGCUAAUGAGCCACAAAGCAAAUUAAAGAGUCAAAGUAAACAGAUACAGUACAUACACAGUAGUGUGUGAAUUAUGUUAUUCAACUGCACAAGACAUUCUAUUUGCUUCAGUAGCUCUGUUGGUCCACUAGCAUGUGAGAAUAAAGGAGCCCCUGUCCUUCAUGGUCUAGUGAGUUGAUGAUACAGUUAUACAAAGAAGAAAGUAGUUUAAGAUUACACACGGGUCAUUGACUUCCUGAAAUACAUUAGAACAAACACGAGAGCUAGAUUUUUGCACAGAGCAAAAAUGCUGUUUGAUGAUGCACCUGACUUGCAAUGUCCUCAGCAUGUGACAUAGGAAUUAUUAUAUAACUAUGAAGAACCAUAAAAUAAUACCUACCGUACAGCUUUUAUAGUGUCACAUUGUAAUUUGAUGUGAACAAAAGUUUAAAUAAUUGUGAAAAAAUAUUGGUGAAGACAAAACAGAGGUUGAUACUGAAUACAUUCUAACAUCCCAGAUGUUCAGUCUUCACCUAGAUCUGGAUUUCUCAGGGGUCUUUUAUCCAGAACAAGGUAAGAGGCUGGUGGUUCAGUCCGUUCACAUCAAUGCAUGGGUUUAACAUGGGAUACAGAGGCUCCUUGCACUGCACACAGAAUGAGUGAAGUAGGGUCAUUGCAUCAGCAUUGUAGAAUGACAACUCCCCCUUUUGAAGAUUGGCCAGUAUGCCCAGCUUUUUAACUCUCUUUCCCACUGACAAUUGCUUCUCCUGGGUAUCAUGCAGAGCCAGGUACUGCCCGUCCCCAUGGUAGAUGCACCAGAAUGUGUUGUUUACUUGACUUGAUUCAUCUUCUUUGUUAACUGGCCCAGUGGUCACACCUAUCAGCCAGUACAGUUUCUCCUGGACUAUGAUCUCCCAGUAGUGCUGGCCAGCAGCAAAGCUUUCUUGAGUGAGGACACUGUACUGGGAGUCAUAUGGUUGCUGGCUCGCAGCCUCAGUGAUAGGCUGUCUUCUCCAGCACACUUGCCUCCCAUCCUGGGAUAUUUCCAGUUUUGGGUGGGCUGUUUCGGUGUCCAGGGCAGGAGAACUUAGAUCUGCAAAUGAAAAUGAGCGUUCAGAGCGAAACUGCAGCGAUAGUCAGGGUGAAUUUCAGAUUGGUAAAUAUUAGAUUCCUCACUAACAUGACCACAUUCGUGGAAAAUGUUGAGACAGAGCCACUGAAAGGUCAUCCACCAGCUUCUCCACUGUUCUCAGUUUCUCAAGGUCACACAGAUCCCUCUCUACUUCCUGGAUUGGUGCUAAAUCCAAUGGUUCACUACGAUAAAAACUGAAAACCAUUAAAAAAAUCCUAACAGAAGAAGUGGGGAAUAGAUAACAAAAAGAGGCAGGACAUACUCACCAAGGAUUCAUUGUUGCAAUUUUCUGUGGAAUAAAAAGGAUAAUGUACAACUAUACUUUAUGCACAGUAACACAUGAUACUCAUUUUAUGAAUCUACCUGUAGGAACUGCAGAUCAUUUGUUUCCUGGAGGAGCAAUUUGUUAGAAGCUCUGAGACUAUCUAUCUCUCCGAUUUGGGCCUCCAUGAAGCCCCUUUUGGUUUCUAGCCACUCUGUCAUGUAUGUCUCCUCUGCAUCUAUGAUCUGCAUCAUCAGACGCUCAUCACCAUCCAACACAACGCGGAUUCUGUUGUACUUGUCUGCGAUUCUCUCUUUGAAGUUUGCAGCAGAUUUCUGGGAAAGACACAUAUGCAGUACAUU